AUGGUCAACCUCGAUCCCAAAUACGACAUACCGAGAGACUUGGAGGGCUACGGCGAGGAAUCAUUCGAUCCUCAGUGGCCAAAUGGAGCCCGCAUCGCCGUGUCAUUUGUCCUGAAUUAUGAAGAGGGAGCGGAGCGCACCUAUCACAACGGCGAUGGCCAUUCCGAGCCAUAUCUCUGGGAGAAAGGAGCAUCGGGUGGCUUCAAGGAAGGCGCUCCCUACGUCAACGCGGAAUCCGAGUAUGAAUACGGGAGUCGUGUUGGCGCCUGGCGGCUUUUGCGUCUCUUUAAGGAGUUUGGCUACCAGUGGACGACAUACGCCGUUGCUCAAGCAAUGCAGCUUAACCCGACCUUUGCAAAGGCUUGUGUGAGGGAUGGCCACGAGAUUGCAACGCACGGCCUUCGUUGGCUCGAUAUAUGGGACUACGAUCUCCAGAAGGAGAAGGACUAUAUUGUUCAGAGCUUGAAGGCUCUCAAAGAUGUGUCUGGGGAGAUGCCCGUCGGUGCCUAUUACGGACGGGGAACCCCCAAUACUAAAGCACUCUUCCCAGAGGUAUUCAAGGAGGCUGGCAGCGAGAUGCUCUGGAACUCGGAGGCAUACAAUGAUGACGUUCCAUAUUGGGUCGAUCUACCCGCAGAGAAAGAUCUUCCGGACGAGCAGAAGAAGGGGAUGCUCAUUCUCCCCUACAAUUAUGAUUGCAAUGAUGGAAAGUUUCACAUGAGUCCAGGCUUCGUGGGGAGCGACAUGUAUGAGAAGUAUUUGAAGGCCACAUUCGACAUGCUAUAUCGCGAAGGGGGUAAGAUGAUGAACAUACCGAUGCACAGCCGCAUAGUUGGCAAGCCCGGCCGUUCGGAGGCUUUGCGGAACUUUAUGAAAUACAUCCAGGAGCACGAAGGCGUCUGGGUAGCGACAAGACGCGACAUUGCGAAGCAUUUUAGGGCAAAGUUUCCCUACAGGCCAGGACAUCGAGCAUGA